AUGAUGAACUUUAUCCGGAACUAUACUUACUUACGCCUGUUACUCCCGAUGGAGCAUAGGCCGCCAACCAGCAUUCUCCAACCCACUCUGUCCUGGGCUUUCCUUUCCAGUUCUAUCCAAUUGCUGUUCAUUCUUCUCAUGUCUGUCUCCGUUUCUCGGCGUAACGUGUUCGUUGGUCUUCCUCUUCUCCUUUGGCCUUCAGGAUUCCAAGAGAGGGCUUGUCUUGUGACGCAGUUGGGUGAUUUCCUCAUUGUGUGUCCUAUCCAGUUCCAGCGCUCCUUCCUGAUUUCUUCCUCCACUGGAAUCUGGUUUGUUGUCUCCCACAGUAGAUUGUUGUUGUUAGUGUCUGGUCAACGAAUCCGAAGUAUCUUGCGUAAACAAUUGUUAAUUAACACUUGUAUCUUCUGGAUGAUGGCUUUCGUAGUUCUCCAAGUUUCCGCACUAUACAGUAGAACUGUCUUGACAUUUUUAUUGAAAAUUCUGACUUCGGUGUUGGUUGACAGUUGUUUUGAGUUCCAGAUGUUCUUCCGUUGUAGAUGUUCUGCUCUGGCUUAUCCGGAGCUAUGCUUUCUUUUUAAUUGCUUCAGU